ACCGCAGAGGCGCGCCGCACUCACAUCCUCAGCUGCCCGCCGAAACCCUAAAGCCGCAUCGCCUAGCCGCCCGAAUCCCUCAUGCUGCGCGCCGCGGCGGCGGCCGCCGCCGCCUUCCCGGUGCGGUUCGCCGCCGCGCCGGUCCUGGCGCCAGCGGCGGCGGAGGUGAGGUCGCCGGUGCUCAGGGUCUUGGGGGCGCUGGGAGGCGGCCGGAGCUCCGUGCUGGGGAGGAGGGCGCGCUUCUGCUCCAGCUCCUCCGGAAAUGACUCCGAGGCGGCGGCGGCAGCAGCGGAGGCGAAGGCCGAGGAUGCUGUCGCUGCGGAGGGCGAGGCGGACGGCAAGGAGUCCUCCGCCAUUGUGGCCACCACGCCCCGUCCAGAGGAUUGCCUCUCGGUCAUAGCACUGCCUCUUCCACAUCGACCACUCUUUCCAGGAUUUUAUAUGCCGAUCUAUGUAAAGGACCAAAAACUGCUGCAAGCCUUGGUAGAAAAUCGCAAAAGAUCAGUCCCAUAUGCUGGUGCCUUUCUUGUGAAGGAUGAAGAAGGUACUGACCCUAAUAUUGUGGCCAGUUCAGAUUCAGAUAAUAAAAGCAUUAGUAAUCUCAAAGGGAAGGAGUUGUUGGCGCGUCUUCAUGAAAUUGGCACGCUUGCUCAGAUAACUAGCAUUCAAGGCGAUCAGGUAGUGCUGCUUGGUCACCGACGAUUACGGAUAUCUGAAAUGGUUGAGGAGGACCCACUUACAGUUAAAGUUGAGCAUUUGAAGGAAGAUACCUACAAUAAGGAUGAUGAUGUUAUAAAAGCAACCUCGUUUGAAGUUAUAUCAACUUUAAGGGAUGUUCUCAAGACAAGUCCCCUUUGGAAGGAUCAUGUACAAACCUACGUACAGCACGUGGGUGAUUUCAACUACCCACGGUUAGCGGACUUUGGUGCUGCUAUUUCUGGUGCCAACAAGUUGCUUUGUCAGGAAGUGCUCGAGGAAUUAGAUGUGUAUAAGCGCUUAAAGUUGGCUCUCGAGUUAGUAAAGAAAGACAUGGAGAUCAGUAAGCUGCAGCAAGCCAUUGCCAAAGCAAUUGAAGAGAAAAUUAGUGGGGAUCAGCGCCGUUAUUUAUUAAAUGAACAACUUAAAGCAAUCAAGAAGGAGCUUGGUUUGGAGACUGAUGAUAAAACGGCAUUGUCUGAAAAAUUUAGGGAAAGGCUUGAAGCAAAGAAAGACAAGUGCCCUCCUCAUGUUUUGCAAGUCAUUGAAGAAGAGCUCACCAAGCUUCAGCUGUUAGAAGCCAGUUCUAGUGAGUUCAAUGUAACUCGCAAUUAUUUGGACUGGCUGACAGUAUUGCCAUGGGGAAAUUAUAGUGAUGAGAACUUUGAUGUCCAUCAUGCCCAACAAAUUCUUGAUGAAGACCAUUAUGGUCUGAGUGACGUUAAAGAGAGAAUAUUGGAAUUCAUAGCAGUUGGGAAGCUAAGAGGGACUUCACAAGGAAAGAUCAUAUGUCUUUCUGGGCCACCAGGAGUCGGUAAAACUAGUAUUGGUCGCUCUAUUGCACGUGCAUUGAACCGGCAAUUCUACAGAUUUUCUGUUGGAGGUUUGGCUGAUGUCGCAGAAAUCAAGGGGCAUCGGCGUACAUAUGUUGGUGCAAUGCCAGGGAAGAUGGUGCAAUGUCUCAAAUCAGUCGGGACAGCAAAUCCUCUGGUAUUGAUAGAUGAGAUCGACAAGCUUGGGAGAGGGCACUCUGGUGAUCCAGCGAGUGCGUUGCUGGAACUUCUGGACCCUGAGCAGAAUAUUAAUUUUCUGGACCACUACCUUGAUGUUCCUAUUGACCUGUCCAAGGUUCUGUUUGUCUGCACAGCAAAUGUUAUUGAUACAAUACCAAAUCCGUUACUUGAUCGGAUGGAGAUCAUUACAAUAGCUGGUUAUAUAACUGAUGAGAAGAUGCAUAUUGCUCGGGACUAUCUAGAGAAGAAUACUAGAGAGGCCUGUGGCAUUAAACCUGAACAGGUUGAAGUUACAGAUGCUGCUUUUCUUGCUCUUAUUGAGAAUUACUGCCGAGAAGCAGGAGUGAGAAACCUUCAAAAGCAGAUCGAGAAAAUUUACCGUAAGAUAGCUCUGCAGCUUGUUCGCCAAGGAGUAUCUAAUGAGCCGGACCAACAGGCUGUAACUGUCACAGCCAGUGAAGCACCUAAUGAUGGUGGUAGUGCAGCAAUAGGGAAAGAUGAGAAUUUGAAGGAUCCUGCUAGCGCUUCUGAGGAAGCCAAGGAAGUACAUUCGACGAAAGAAACAAUAGUCGAUGUCACACAUCCAACUGAAGCACCCCAAGAAGCUUCUACAACUGAGUCAGCUCUAUCAAAGGAUGAACUGAGCACACUAGAGGGCAACAAAGACACGAAACAAGCAAAACAAGAGGUAGAUGACAAGGCAGUUGAGAAGGUACUAGUUGAUUCAUCAAACCUUGAUGAUUUUGUCGGGAAACCGGUAUUCCAAGCUGAGCGUAUAUAUGACCAGACUCCUGUUGGAGUGGUCAUGGGUUUAGCUUGGACUGCUAUGGGUGGUUCUACUUUAUACAUUGAAACAACAAAAGUGGAGGAAGGAGAAGGGAAAGGUGCGCUUGUGCUGACAGGGCAGCUUGGAGAUGUCAUGAAAGAGAGCGCUCAAAUUGCUCACACAGUUAGUAGAGCUAUAUUACAAGAUAAAGAGCCAGAUAAUCAGUUUUUUGCAAACUCGAAGGUGCACUUGCAUGUUCCUGCAGGGGCCACCCCUAAGGAUGGCCCUAGUGCUGGAUGUACCAUGAUUACAUCAAUGUUGUCCUUGGCUAUGGGAAAGCCUGCCAAGAAAGACCUUGCAAUGACUGGUGAAGUAACAUUGACUGGCAGAAUCCUCCCAAUUGGCGGGGUAAAAGAGAAGGCCAUUGCAGCACGGCGAAGCUCUAUAAAGACAAUUAUAUUUCCAGCAGCGAAUAAAAGGGAUUUCGACGAGCUUGCUGCCAACGUGAAGGAGGGUCUCGAGGUUCAUUUUGUAGACACAUAUAGUGAAAUAUACGAGUUGGCUUUCCAGAGCGAGACCGAAACAAGCUAGCACAAGCUAGCAAGCAAUUCAAACAAAGUAUUCAGAUUGUACAAGGUCUUUGGUGGACACUGAAUGCUCAAAGAAGUUUGCAGCUAGACCAUUCUUAGCAAGGACAGGAGUAACUUGUUGUCGUGGUGAUUUAAGAAUUUUUUUGACAACAAUGUUUGUAGCUAGGUAGCUCGGGAGGCAUCACAAAUAAGUAAAGUAGAGCAUGUAAACUAAUCCUGGAGUGCAAAAUGUAGAUGCACCAGGAUAUGCAAGUUUUGCCAACGAUAGUACGUCUUUUUGCCAUUGGUUCAUUUCAACUUCUUUCUUGUUUUGAAAGAUGUUUUUGAAGUUUGAGCUCCUGGCUGACCAUGUAAUGUGCCUCGUUACCUAUUUCUGACGCCAAUUUGUCCUCGGGGAAAAGUUCGGGGUUAGCAGGACA